AUGGAUGCAUUCCCGUACAUCUCUCCGCAACUCAAGUACUCAGGCUUGACCAGGAAAGAAAGAGGAGGGCCGGCAACAAGGGAAAAGCCUGCUACCAUGGACCAGGCUAAUUCACCAGGUACCAAUUCGGCACAAGCAGACCCCAUCAACACAGCUCGGGAACACGACUCCAUGAACAAUCGCAGCUACGCGAUUCCAUUCCCCGGUAGCAUGAACUCAUCCGAAGAUGACCUUCCACCAUUUCCGGAUGCCGAGGUUUCCUCACUGGCACUGGACAAUAAGCCCGGUGCACGUUUGCACUACACGUACUACCCUGCAUCCAAACCUCACGGCGGCCAUCCGAACCCUUUCUCGCAAACGCUCAUCGUUUUCCUCAACGGGCUCAUGAUGCCAAGAAGCUCAUGGGAUCCUGCCAUGCGCAGCUUUCUGGAAAAGAGAAUAGUGGGGCGUCUACCGUAUCCUGCUCUGUUGAGCUACGAUAGAUAUGGUCAAGGAGAUUCAGAUGCUGAUCCCGACGACCAGCAACCACCCCCGUCCCACGGACACGACGCGAUAUCUGCAGUCAAAGCACUGAAGCAAUUUACCCUACAAAUCUGGAGGGAACACCUUGACGUCAACAAACCUACGCACUACCCCUGUCUCAUCUUUGUAUGCAACAGCAUCGGCUGCGCACUUGCAAGACUCUUUGCGCAAUGCUAUCCAGGAACCGUAUCUGGUCUGUUGUUCCUGGACAGCAUCAUGGCCAACUCGGACUACCAAGACCUGUGGCCGGACCCCGAUGCACCAGACUUCAACUCGCACACACUACCCGAAGGUGUCACACAAGACGAAGUACGAGCUACCAGAGAAAAGUAUAGAAGAAUGUUCCAUCCCGACGUUCCUAGUCAAGAGGGGUUAUCCAGACGUAAUCUGCCACAACUAUUACCCUACGCAGAUGCACCAAAACUCGAGGGCUACUUGGGCAGAGGCCCGUACCUCACAGUCGUAGGUCAUGACUGGGAAACGUUUGCCGAGCAGUCGUACGAGGGUACAAUGCAGACACCCAAGAUUCUGACCAUGACUUAUGCCAACCCCGCUUGGCGUCGCUACAACGAAGGUCUCUGUCGCAUCACGGACGAAGGCAAAGCCAUAGGUCCCAUCACAGCUGUCCGCUGUGGCCACUUUAUCCAACAAGACGACCCCAGAUUCGUGAGCGAUGAAAUGGUCAGCCUGCUCGAUAGAGUCGUAAAUCGAGUUCAGCAGGUUAGCCAGCGGGACUAA